AUGGCCGCUCAGCGACCUGAAUAUGACUAUCGAGAGCUGAGCGGGGAUCGUUUAAACGAGUCCGGAUCGAUCUCCAACCUCCCAGCUGCUACCCCACUUGAGUGGGAGUCCCUCUCACAACAUCAACGAAAUGUUCCACAGCAUUCACCAACCGCCCCUUGGGGACAUGGGAGGGAUGGGGUAGAAAUGGGGGAUUUGGGCACCCAGCGGCCUGCCAGAGAAGAUCCAUUCAGCGACCACAACCCUUUAUCCAGGCCGUAUCGCAGCGGAGGGUACCACAUGCUCGACGAAGUACAAGAACCAGCCAAGCAGGGUUUCCUCAAGUCAGUCAUCAGUCCAACACCAGCAACUCAACAUCAUGACGGGUCUUCUCCGCCUGAUCGUGGUCAUCCCGGGCCUGCCGGGCCGUCAUUCUUCGGUCGGAUAAGACGCUCCAAGUGGGCGAUGUACAUCUGCCUCAUCUUUGGUGUUGCUUGUGCAGCUGGACAUCAUGUGUUUUACAGCACGCUCAAUGGCAAGCCCGCAACGGAUCAGCUUGUGAUGCAGCGGUAUGGAACGUUGUUGGCGUUUGGCGCAAAGGCGGGGCUUGGUGCUGCGGUUAUUGAGGCUUCUCAUCAGCGGGUGUGGGUAACGGCACGGAAGAGGGUGAUGACUGUUGGGGCGUUGGAUUCGUUGUUUUCCAUGACUGAGAGCUUGGCUUCUUUUGGGGCUUGGGAGGUGCUCAAAGGGGCUAAGAUAGCGGCUCUGUUGGCUCUUUUUGUUUGGAUUGCACCGAUCGUCGUCAUUCUGACUGCCAACACUCUUCAGGUUGAGCUCAGCCGGAUUGUUACUGAGGAUAGGUGCGCCGGGGUCAGGACGCUCAACUUCAGCUUUGAAGAAAUAGACGAAUGGAGAGAUCCAACCAAGAUAGGCAAAUAUUUCGAGGUUCCGGCCUCCAUCUGGAACACAACGAAAAAGGCCACCGAUGACGACGACAGCGAUGAGUGGUUUGACUAUUACACCGCACCAGGCCUGGCGUUGGCUCAGACACUUACCAUUGGUGCCUUUAUGGGAGAGACAGUGAUGCGGAAGAACGCACAGGCGGAGACUUGUGGCAGCGGCUGGAACUGCACUUUUGAGAUCAAGUUCACCGCCCCUGCCUACAAGUGUACCGAGCUCGCAAGCGGUGUCGGCUCCAAGGCAUCAAAUCUGACGCAACAAUCCGGCAGCAUCGCUCCACCGUUCAGCACCGAUCUUCUCCUCCCCAAAGGCAUCUAUAGCUAUUACGCCUUCACCACAGGCGGCGAUUACUUCAACAUGCAAAUGGAAGACGUCGAACCGGGCGGAAUUCCCAAGACCGACCGCCCCUAUCCCAAGAACCUCGGGGCCUUUCGCACCGAUCCCAUCGUGUGGAUAGGAUAUUCCACCCGCACAAACCCGGGGGAACCUCUCCCUGAAAAGUCCUCCUCUCCCGGUUGGGAGCAAGCCUUCACCCCCAAACUCUUCGCCUGCGAGAACUACGAAUCAUCCUACAUCGUCCAGUUCAACUACACCGAAAACCUCCACUCCACCAACGUCCUCGACGUGGAGUACCUCCGUCCCGUCAUCAACACGACCUACCUCCCUGACAUCGAGUUAGAAGAUGGCACGGCAGACAGCGUCGCCGCCACACCGCAGUCAAACUACGUAUUCCCCCAGAACAAGAGUUUGUACCGCCGCACCGCAGCGUACUACUCCCUCUCCCUCAUCGCCCGCUCCUUCCUCAACGGGACAGUAGCAGCCAACCAGAAAAACGCCAACGGAGUCCCAAUGGCCAACACGAAUGUUAUUCAGACAAAAGUAUUGGACGUUGCGAAUAAUUACUUCCCUGUGGGGGACCUAAUGAAGACAGUGCAGAGGUUUUACUCUGAGAACAUCAUCCUUAGCAUGCUCUCCAACCCGCAGUUUACCAGUGUGGUUUGGGCUGCCAAGCCAGAUGAGCAAAGCGGGAUUGACCCUGAUGUGCAGAGGGAGGAUGUGGAGGGCUUGAAGUAUCCUUGUCAGAGGUCGAGGGUUGGGAAUGUGUACACGUACCAUGUGAGGGAUUUGUGGAUUGUGUAUAGUAUUUCUAUUGGGCUGGCGGUGAUGGGGGUUGUUAUUGGGGUGCUGUCUGUGAGGGAGAAUGGGGGUUUGAUGAGGAAUGUGAAGUUUAGUAGCUUUGUUGCUGCGACUAGGGGGGAGGGGUUGAGGAGGGUUGAGUGGGGUGGGGCCGAUGGGGGACGGGUGAGUGAGGGUGUGAAGGGGAUGAGAAUGAGGUAUGGGAUGGUUGAGGUUGAGGGGCAAGGCGGGAAGGAGUUGAAGUUUGGGUUUGGGUUUGAAGAGGAUGUUACGAGCUUGGAGAGGAACGGGGGCGGGACUGCGGUGAAGAGGUUGACGAUGUUGGGGGCGAGUUCGAGAAGCUUGGCGAGGUCGGCGUAA